AUGUCGUCGCGUCGCAGGCCGCACAAGCGCGGUGGCCCCCAGAUGCCACAAGCAGACGCCGAGCAGCAACAGCCAGGCUUGAGUGUCACCGAGGACGCGCCUGCAUCGCAGCUGAGAGGCACAACGGACGCUGUGCACCAGACGUAUCCAGUGUCUGGAGGCGACACGGACGACGACAACGACUCCUACAUGACUGUCUUGACUGACGAGGAAGACUCGUACCGCCUCGUCAUUGAACAUGACGAGCACUUGGAACGAAUUCGCGCGUGCACAAACUUCCACGACCAGCUCGCCUGCGUGAAGAGGGCGGCACCCGGAGAAGUCGACCGCGACAGUGACGUGACACCGAAACGGGUCUUCGACACAUCGGCCAUCAGCACGGCACCAAGUUCUCCAGAAGUGCCUCCGACGACGCACGCACCGCCCACCCCCCUGGUCCGCACAGAGACCAACCGCGGCGACGCUUUUCCCCGCAGCGAAAACAACCUGGCGGCGCCGUUUAUGCCCAUGGAGCGCGGUGCCUCUCCGUCUCGGCCACCCAAGGCGGCAGAUGCAGAGGAGAUGAGCCGGCUGCAGGCCGAGAACGCGCGAAUGGCGGUGGAGCUGCAGGCGAGUCAGGAGGCGGUGCAACGGCUGCACGAAUCGCUCCUGGAGGCUCGCGGGGCCGUGCUCCAUCGCGUCCGCCUCGAAGAUAAGGACGACGCCGUGGGCCAGGCAGCAUCGGAGAGGCAACAGCACUCUAUCUUGGCCGCCACCGGCGCAUGCGAAGCACCAGCGCAAGAUGAUGCCACGUCCAACCGACCUCCGCUCGCCACCCCCAGUACAGUCUUCUCUCCCCCCAACUCGAAGUUACCAGCGCCGGCCACUUCCGUACCGACAGCGGCGUCCUCGUCCGCGAGCCAGGAUCACCCGCCGCCGAAGGCGCUGCUGCGGAGCCCCCACUCGAGCACGAAACGGCUUGACGUGGCCGAGUUCUUCUGGCCUUUGCAAGUCGCCCCACCGCCAUCCACGCUGCAAGGCGGGUGCGUAUACGGCGAUCGCUGUCAAGCAUCGGCCGCGUCCUUGCCCCGACCACCAGCGAUGGCGGGCGAGGGUAUUCCCCUCGGCGGCGCGUACGGUGCGACGAGCCGGCCACUGGAGAGGGUAUCGUCUGCGUCGGCGGAGAAGCCGCCGCCUCACCAUGCCUCGCGCUACCACCCUGACCACUGGCACAAUCCGCGGCAGCGGCAGGACGCAGAGACGGAGGCGGUGGCCCUCACCUGCGAGAGCGCCUGGUUCAAUUUGGACUACUACUGCUACCAUAUCAAGGAAGAGAUGUCGAGCCUGCGCGUGGUGUCCUCUCCCGACGAGGACGUCGACGGCAGCGGCCCCGCAGUGCCCCCUAUGAGCGACGAAGAAGUGGGUCGACGGCUGCUCCACCACAUUCCCGCUCCCGCGUCGCUGCCGUUAGCCGAGGACAACACCCCGCUGUCGAGCCCCACUCUACACAGCACCCCGGUGGCAACGGCGCCGUGGUCAGUGUGGUCUCCGACUUCGCCAGGAAGCGCGGCCAUGUUGGCCGGCAUCGUCUCUUCGCCAGCCGAGCGUUGCUACUGGCUGCAGUACCUUCAGCGACUGUGGGUGACGUCGGUGUUGCGGCAUCUGCUGCUGUUUUUCCUGGUCACGGUAAUUUGUGUGCUUCUCUUCAUCCCUGGCGUUGUGCUGGCCACCGUGAACGUCUUCGAGGCCGCCGAGGGAGAGGACUUCUACGCUCUUCACAACCGCUUCGGCCGCAGCGCCAUGCUCGUCGCGGCAAGGCUGGAUGCGUGCGCGCUCGUGUUCUUCGCCUUCUUCGGGGCUCUGUGCAUGAUUAGUCGUUGGCAGCAGCAGCAGCAGCAGUCCUUGGCCUCGGUGGAUGCGCAGCAAGGAGAUGCGGAAAAGGCGGCGGCGGUUGCGGUCCCUGCGACUGGAUCGGCGGCCCCCGCCACUACCGCAGCGAAGCAGUCGCAGCGCAGCAUCUUCUCUGUGAAGUCAGUUGGUACGCUCGUCCACCUCAUGCUGUGCGCCGGCACCGGCUUCAUGUUUUUGGGCUCCGUUCUGCUGCGUGAGGGCUGCCGCAAGACGAACCUGUCACUGGCCAUUCUCGGCGAAUCCUGCUACGGCGCCGGGGAGGCGUUGCUGCUGGCUGGGUUGGGCACCGUCGUGAGUGCAGAGGUCGGCGUCGCCGCCGGGGUUAUUGUCACCAUGCAGAUCUUACUCUUGUCGUGGCUUAUCGUGAACGCCUUCGGCUUCUUUGUCGUCCCCAACCUGAGCUACUACGUAUACAUCACCGCGGCUAUGUUGAACGCACUUGUGUACGUGAACGGUCUCAUUGGUACUUUGGUCUUCGGUGUCGUGAUGCUGUGCCCUCGUAACCUCAUCGAGCGCGCCGUGCGAGCAAGCGCGAAGGAUAUCACGCCGCGCAAGCUUUGGUCAGCCGCGAGGCAUGACGUUUCGCUCUGCUUUCUUCUACGUGCUCUAACCGUUGGUCUACUGACAGCGGCGGUGGUGCUGCUCAUGAGCUGCGGGUUCGCCGUCUUCAUCCCGACGCAGGCGGCCGCCGCGUCGGUGGCCAAUUCCAUCAAGUCGCGCGAGCUGAUGGGCACCAGCAGCGGCAAGGGCUCGAAGGCGACGGAGGUGACGGGGGCUCUCCCAACCUAUGAGGACAGCUGGACCACGCACCAGCGCCACGCACCGGUGCUCCUUUUCACGUAUGCGCUCGUGACGAUGCCGAUGUGCUUCAUCCCCCGCUUGGCCGCGCUCAUCAAUCGAUGGUGCUCGGUGCCGCUGCUGACGACGCUGCUAUGCGUCAUAUGGAUCAUCAGCACGGGGGCCUCAUGGGCGCCAGUUCGCGGCCUGGACGCGUUGGCGUCGAACAGCGGCGGCAAGAACGGCGUCGCUAUCGCCGCGGUCUCGGCGGUGCUGUCGUGGUGCAGCGACAUUUGCCGUUGGCUGGCGGAGCGCCACCUCCUAAAUCCCUGCAUCAACGUCUGCGCGGUCGCCACAGGCGUCGUCUACACCGUUGUCGUCAGCAGUCUUCUGCGCUCGAUGGCGAGUGCUGCGGUGCCGUUGCCCGUUGUGCAUCCAAACCGCUGGCGCACAGGCUUUCACGAGCGAGACCGCAACUCGGCAGCCGCAGCAGCGCGCUUCCCCAGCGAAUCGACGCCUCUCCUGGAAGCUAGUGCGCAUAAGAAGGGGUGUUGCAAGAACAUCGAGGCGGCAGCGGCGGGAACCGUGUGCCCCGACACGGCGACUGCCCCCCAUGCAGCCUCUCCUAACGCCACCACGACCACCAGCACGCACACUCGCGAGGAAUUGAAGACCGACGCAGAGGAGCUGCAACGCUGUGUGCGAAUGCAGCUGCGCGGCGGCCCGGCGGUCAUGACCGUCCUGACGUGCAUGCUGAUCAUGGUGGUGCUGCUCCUGUGCGUGGCGGUGAUGACGACAGCGGCAGUGCUGCUGAUCGACCGCGCUGAGUCGCCAGUGUACGUGAAUCGCCUCCUCCCUGGCGUGACCUUGGAUGAGCACCUGAUCGCAAAGAGCACCCUGACCUUCGUGCUUAUGGCAGCGAUGCUGGUGCAGUGGGUGGAAGUGGUCCACCGGUUUCGACGCUGCCGCAGCAGCUGA